AUGAUCAGCUCCCUGCGACUCGGCGACAGGACCAACAGCGCGUCCAGCGUUCCAAACACCCAACAACCCAGCAGCACAGCAAGCGGUACCAACUCACCCAAUGCCGCUUCACCGGCCACGACACCCAUGGCCCUCUAUCAUUCAAGUGCAAGCACACCACAACUUCAGCGAUACGGUGCCGGUGGCUCUGCCACCACGUCGCGUGCAAAUUCAAGAAAUCGAUCAUUGGAACGUGAGCGAGAACGUCUUGAAAAGCAAGAUGCGCUACGCAUUGGAUUGGAUCAGUGUUACGCGUAUCGAUCACUGGAUAGAGUUGCGGGAAAGGUCAAUUACUCUGGUCAUGUAUGUGAACGCGUCAAGAUCCAUUUGACGGGAACGAGUUACCUCUACCAUGCUAAAUUCAUCAAUGGCAGUUAUCGCAACGUCGAGAAGCAAUGGGAGUUUCUCAAGCUGACGCAAAAGAUUGUCAUUGCGAGUGAGGGUGUACCUGAAGCGAGGUUUUCCUUCAGGCUGCCUGAUGCGCUGCUGGAAACAUUAUGUCCACUCAAGGAUCCGUUUCAUUUACUGCUGCCGCCAACGAUGGGAUGUCGCAGAACGGAUGGCUUGGAUGACUUGUCACCGAAAGAUCCGCUCAACGCCAAGAUCGAGUACCGCAUCAAAGUUGAGCUCUUUCGUGAUGGAGAAAUCAUCAAGACGUUCAGCACACCCUUCAGUGUGGCUCCGCGUCAUUUUGCCUCUCCUAACGCCAUGAACCCACCACCAGAGUACGAUGCUGCAGUCAAGGAGACUGUGGAUGUCACGCGUUCCUUGGGUGGUACGAUUGGACAGAUGCUGCUACAUCUCCCUUCACCGCCAGCAUUGCUCAGCAGUCUCGAAGAGCAUCAAAUGACCACUGCAUUUACCAUGAACCUCGAGUUUCACAGUAUCACCAGCUCGCCUCCCAAAAUCACAGGUCUCGGCAUCAAACUGCAAGCGAUCACGCGAUCACGUAUGGAACAUGCACUUGAAGAUGGUGGCGUGGAAGAUGUCAAACGUAUGACGGAAUUGCGCCUCAAUCGACUCUGCUUCUCAAAGAAUCAUGGACCAGCUUGGUCACCCCUUCGACCGGGUGUUUGGCAAUGCGCCUUUGAAUGUCCCGUCACGCUCUGUCCGAAGGGUUACGUGGCGUGUCCUGAAUUUGAGAGUUGCUUGAUUGAGCGUAAUUAUCGCUUGAACCUCAAACUGGAGCUUGUCCCAGCACACGGAUUACCCUUAUCUGAAGUGCGCUUUAUUAUUCCCGCAUGGAUCAUGGCAGAUGAGUACUAUGGGUUGCCCUCAGAAUCCGGUGUCCCCAUCAAGGAACGGAAACGAUUCAGUGUUCCCUCUGACAUGCAUGAUGAGGUUCCUGGAUCCUUACCAAAUUACGAAGACAUGUACUUAUCCAAUGUCGCACCCACUGCAACGAACCCCGACGUUAUUGGAAAUCUAGGAACCCAUGCGGCGCCAUUCAGGUUUACCGGCAGAGAACCCGAUUACUUCGCUCGUGGCAGAACACGACCUGCUCCAACGGCGCCCAUUGCAUUGGGUGGUGCAGGAAGUAGUCAUGCUGGUACAUCCAGUUCAACAAUUCCAAGUAGUCAUGGUGGUCGAACCAGUACCACCAUUGCUCGUCGUGCACGCGCUGCUAAUCCUCGUGGUGCUGGUGUUUCACAAACGCUCGAAGGUCUCGCCAUUGAUGAUGAAGCGGAGCAACCAACGGGAGAGAGAGAUCCAGCAUGGUUGAUUAAAGAGCGGGCACGCGAUACAGAGAGCAGAAGUCGAAGGCAGAGUGCACAUGAGACGGAGGGACCUAAUACGGACGCAGUGCAGUAG